ACCAGGAAGUAGUCCUCUCGAUUCGUGUCAGUAAAGAAGGAAGCGACACAAAAAUGACACCUGAGCUCCAACCGCCAGCGGACCGCUGUCACUAGCUGAACACACCACAUCUGAGGUCAUUUUAGGCCUCUGUCCUCCAUGCCUGCUCCCCCAGGCUUCACUCGACUGGAACAGAAUGAGCCUAUGAACCCACUUCGUAUCUCUGUAGGUGGUCUACCUAUGUUGGCUUCCAUGGCCAACACCACCGACCCUCGUUUCCGCCUCAAGUGGAAGUCCAUUGUGAUUGUGGUCUUCUCCUUGGCUCUGGUCCUGCUGCUCUUCAUGCACUUCGGCUCAGGCUCCCGCUCUUACGUCCCCCACGGCAUUAGAUUCAGUUGCGGUAGCACCAAGCAGUCUGAUUCCCAGUACAACGACACCUACCCACUCAGUCCACCUGAACGCACACCGCAGGGAACUCGCUACCGCAUCGGAGUCAUCGCGGACCUGGACACGAACUCUCAGAGUGACAAGAAGCUGACAUGGUUCAGCUACAUGCGCAAGGGUUACCUACUGGUGUCGCAAAGUGGCGACCAGGUAGCGGUGGAAUGGGACACAGAUAGGGUGGUGCUGGAGAGCCACUUGUCGGAGAAAGGCAGAGGAAUGGAGCUGUCUGAGUUGGUGGUGUUCAACGGAAAGCUCUACUCUGUGGAUGACAGAACUGGUGUAGUUUACCAGAUAGAUGGAAACAAGGCCGUUCCCUGGGUUAUCUUACCUGACGGCGAUGGGGGUGUUGCAAAAGGGUUUAAAGCCGAGUGGCUGGCGGUAAAGGAUGAGCACCUGUACGUUGGUGGCCUGGGGAAAGAGUGGACCACCACCCAGGGUGAGUUUGUCAACAACAACCCAGAGUGGGUGAAAGUGGUGGGCUUCAGGGGAGAUGUGCAACAUGAGAACUGGGUUCCCAAGUACUCUUCUCUGAAGUUGGCAGCAGGGAUCGAGCCACCAGGUUAUUUAAUUCAUGAAUCUGCAGCCUGGAGUGACAACCUGCAGCGCUGGUUUUUCCUCCCUCGUCGAGCAAGCAAAGAACGUUACGAGGAGACUGCAGAUGAGCGACGUGGAACUAACCUUGUCCUGAGCUGCUUGGCGGACUUCACUGACAUCAAAGUGAGCCGCGUUGGGCCACACAACCCCACCCAUGGCUUCUCCUCCUUCAAGUUUGUCCCCAACACAGACGACCAGAUCAUUCUGGCGCUCAAAUCGGAAGAGGAUGCUGGAAAGAUUGCAACGUACAUCACAGCCUUCACACUUGAUGGACGAAUUCUUUUACCCGAAGCUAAGAUCGGUGAUGUGAAAUAUGAGGGUAUAGAGUUUAUAUAGAGGGGGUCAAAGCCAGAGAAUCAUUAUUAAGGCCACUGCACUGUGGUUCUAGUUUGUUUACAAUCCAGUCACUGUUGGAUUUUCUGGACUCGCUGCUUCCUGGAAAAUGCAUUACUCCAACCCUCGAAGGGUUGUUGCACUGAUGAAUUUAAAGCUGAGACUGGAAAAUAAGGUCUUCUUUUUUGAUCUGUAAGUGAAAGACCGCAGUGCCGUCUUGUAGUGUCGAGGCUUCUUGACAAACCUGUUUGUGGGGUUUAACAGUACUGUAGCCUUAUUUGUAAUGAAUGUACAAAAAAAAAUGAAACUGUGAGUUAUUCUUUUUCCCCAACAUGUAUUUUCAUGUACAUUACACUCUUUUCUGUUUGUUUAAUGUUAAACACUCUGGACACGUGCUUUUGUCUCAUUAUAAUUGGAAGGAUACUUUAAAGAAGUCAUUUUGCCGUUUGCAUUUUGUUGUUGUUUAUGCUUGUGUUUUC